GUUUAAACGAAUCGCUUACACCCAUUUCGUUAGGCGGAGAACUUGGUUUCUCUUAUUUGAGAUAAAAUGGCCUCUGGUAUUAAGUGUCACCCAUCAUGUAUUGUUGCCUUCAAUGACUUGAAAUGAAUAAAAAGCACCGCUAUAUUUUGUUUCACAUACAUAAAAAGGAAGAAAUACGCAUUUUAAGGCAAGCUAAAAGAGACGCAACGUAUGAUGAUUUCAAGAAAGACUUAACGGAGGCUAUGCAGAUUGGAGAUGGUCGUUACGCUGUAUAUGACUAUGAAUACCCCAACAAGGUUGCCGCCUUGUUUUUCGUAGUUUGGACACCUACGAAUCUUAACAUUAAAACAAAAAUGAUAUAUGCCGCUUCAAGAGAUGCCAUAAAGUCCCAGCUUCAAGGAAUCAAGCAUUGUUUGGAAGCUCAUGACCUCGAGGAUAUUUCCGAAGAGCGGAUGAGUGACUGGGGUAAACCGGCAAAAGCCAGUUAAGCAAAAUGAAUUAUUUGUAUGAGACUUGAACCACUCACUUUCUUUAACUGCAUUUUGUUUGUUCUGGUUACUAAAAUCUGUGGUUUUCUGAUUUCACUUGCUUCAACCCGCAGUAUCUAUUGGGUUUAUGCUAUCAGUUCAUUUUUUUACAUCUUCCUGCGCACUUUGUAAAGCUACGGUAUGUACUGUUGAGGAAUAAUUAAGUAUUCUCGCUUUUUCCGUUGGUUAUUUAUUCGAGAAUAAAUUUAAUAAGUCAG